AUGGAAAUCAAGGCGAUUCUAGAAAAGGUAGUAGCCAAGUCAAGGAAAGAUUGGAGUAUGAAGCUUGAUGACAGACUUUGGGUAUACCGAACGGCAUUCAAGAUACCAAUUGGUACUUCGCCUUAUAGAUUAGUUUAUGGUAAGGCAUGUCACCUUCCCGUGGAGUUGGAGUACAAAGCUUUUUGGGUGAUCAAGGAGCUUAACAUGGAUUCUAAGGUCGCAGGUAAGAGAAGACUUCUCCAACUCAAUGAGUUAGAUGAGUUUAGAUUUUCGGCAUAUGAUAAUGUGCGAAUCUACAAGGAGAAGACCAAGAAGUGGCAUGACAAGAGGAUCUUACCAAGAGAGUUUGCACCGGGUGAUAAGGUUCUUCUCUUCAGUUCUAGAUUAAUGAUUUUCCCAGGAAAGUUGAAGUCUAGGUUGUCCAGUCCCUUCACUGUCACAAGGGUGAACAAAUUUGGUUCAGUAGAGUUGGUCAAUGACAAGGGAAAAGAGUUUAAGGUAAAUGGCCAACGAUUGAAAGUGUAUCAUGAGGGCGCUACUAGUAGAGAUGUGGAGGAAACCCUCCUAACUCCACUUCCAACCUGA